GCCAGGUGUCUUUGAACUGUAUUCACUCCACAUACUUUCCCUCUCAAAUAUAAAUUUGAAUAUCUUUUUCAAAUUCCAAGCAAAACCCUAAAGAUUCAGCAAAGGAAAACAAAUCCCAAAUGAAGAUUUCCCAAAAAAUCUUCAUAAAUCAAUAUUAAUAGUAGUAACUUCAAUCACGCUCCUCCAAGCCAUGGAUUUGGACGAACUGGAACCCGCCUUUGGAUCCUGCUUACCACCCGCCCUAGUAUCUUUAACCCCAUUUUCUUACUCAGUUUCCCCCUCUCCACGCCGGCUUUCCAGCUGUUUUAUGCAGCCGAAUGUGCCCGUUAAAGCCAGAAGGCAGCUUGCUUGGGUGUCCCUCCAGGAUCGGCUCGUUGGAGCCGAGGAAGCCAGCUCUGCUAAGACCGUUGAUAAAAAUGGUGUAUUGAGUCCUAAAGAAGCUGUGGCUUGGGAGCUGUUUAGCCCCAUUCAAAGGGUUUUGCUUGUGGCUGUUGUUGCGGUUGCGGCUACGAAUUCGAAGAAAAAUAAACAGAUUUUGAAGCUGAAAAAAUCUGUAGAACUCAGGGACCAGGUGCUCUUAAGCAUGCAACAGAAGCUGGAUACUUUAUGUGAGCAAGUGAAUCAUUUCAAGGAUCAGCCUGACGUUCUGGUACCAAGCAACACCAUGGUCGGCGAAAGUGUCAACUAUGGUUGUAAGCUCUGUGAACAACCCAAGCAUCAAUUUUUGGUUGAUUCAGUGGAAAAAGGAUUGAAUGAGGAUGAGGUGUUCAAGUAUAAAAUCCCACUUGUGAAAGAGGCUGAACCAGAAGAGCGUCGCAUGUCUGACUGGUCGGAUUGCGCUCCUAGUGUCACUUCUUCUGUUGAUAUCCAGUUGGAUACUUUAGCAGUUGAACAAGAACUCUGUAACUUGAGAAAGGAUUGUGAAGAGAAGGAUGCCACCAUAAAGGAAUUGUCCACUUUUCUUCAGUCAUCUGAAGUAUAUAGUUCAAAGAGGAUCUCAGAGUUGGAAGACAUCAUCCGUAGAAAGAAUAUGAUUAUAAACAAGCUUCGGAAGGACAUGUUGAUUCUAGAACAGAAGGUGGUUAGUCUCACAAGGCUUCAAAGACCUUCGUUCUUUGCUCCAAGUUCAAAUACGAAGCAACUUCCUGUAAUGGCUGAUAAUGUCCUUUAUGACAUGGACAGCACGACUAGCCCUUCAUCUUCGGAUUCAGACACUUCUUCUAGGAACAAAGUGCAAUCUCCUGCAGUCAGAAGUGCAGAAAUCUCAGUUUAUAAUAGUGAGAAAGCUUCAACGAGAGCCCAGAAACAAGAACAGGCUAAGAUCGGCACUAGUAUAGUGAGAAGAACAGCACAACAGCAUCUGAGGUCUGGUUCAACGAGUCCUUUAAAGGAGAAAUCACUGAAUCAAACGCCUAAUACAAUUCCUACUUUGAAACCAAAGCAUGCAUCAUCUGUCAGUGGAGAAAAUCGAAACAGGAGACGACCUCUGGUCAGAUCUAAUGAAGUAGCUGCACAUAAAAGAUGGUUUUAGUUAUGAAGAAAAUUUCGACAUGCAGAACGUGUGUACAGAGAAAGUGCUUAAAAAUGAAAUUCCAGUACCUCAUCAAGUUGUUGCAAGGACUCAUUUGGUGUUGUUUUAUCACAAAAAAUGCAGAGAAACUGUGGCAGCUGGUUUUCUUCUAAAUUGCAUUGAAGAAUGCAAUAUUAGUAGUUCAUAUGUUCUUGUAGAAUGUAAUAGAACUUAAUAUAAAUGAUUUGGAAGUAGUAUAUUUCGAGUAG